AUGUCUAUCAGAGGGUUAGGUAAGGCAGUAACAAGGGCUCCCCAAUCAUUUAGACAAAAGUUUAAUAUGGGGGAGCAGACUACUGAUUCGGUGUACAUGGAUGCUGAACGGCGGUUCAAGGAGCUUGAAGUGGAAACGCAGAAGUUAACCAAUGAAUCCAAGAGGUAUUUUAUGGCUGUCAACGGGAUGUUAGAACAUCAAAUUGGGUUUGCUAAGGCGAUGGAGGAAAUUUUUAAGCCUAUUAGCGGUGCUGUGUCUAAUCUCGAUGCUGUAGUUGUUGAAGACAACCCGCAGGGGAUUGCUGCUUCUGAACAGUACCGGGAGCUUGUUAAUGAUUUACAGAGCACAUUGAAGCCAGACCUGGAAUUGAUAGAGGACAAGAUCGUUCGCCCCGCACAGGACUUGCUAAAGGUAAUAAACUCUAUCCGUAAGAUGGCUACUAAGCGUAACCAUAAAAAACUAGACCUGGACAGGCGUUUGAACGCCCAUCGGAAGUACGAGACCAAGAAAGAGCGCUCUGUGAAAGACGAUGAAAAGAUGUACAAGGCUGAAGCUGAGCUACAGGUGGCCCAGCAAGAAUAUGAUUAUUAUAAUGACCUGCUCAAAACAGAAUUGCCCAUGCUUUUCAAUCUAGAAGCCGAAUUUGUCAAGCCUCUCUUUGUCUCUUUUUACUACAUGCAACUCAACAUCUUCUAUACCCUCUACAACAGAAUCGAGGAUAUGAAAAUAGGAUACUUUGAUCUUCCAAGCGACAUCUUGGAACAUUUCACCCAAAAACGGGGUAAUAUCGAAGAACAAACCGACGCGCUUGCUAUCACCCAUUUCAGACUGGGCUAUUCCAAAACCAAGUUGGAGAUGACAAAACGCCGCUAUGCCGCUGUCUCUGCCUCUGGUUCCUCUGUCUCCUCAGAAUCUCAAUCCCCCCUAUCCCCAUCCCCCGGCCCAGCAAAUCCCUACGUUCACAACAGCAGCUCAAGCCCUGCUCCCGUAACUUAUACCCCCGCCGGUGCUUACACCUCUGACAUGCCCCCUGCUUACUCCCCAUCGCCCUACACCGCCUAUACCACUCCCUCUACCGCUCCCGCCCCAGAAACUUGCACUAGUCUGUACGCAUUCGCCGCCCAAGACAAAGCCGAUCUCACAUUCCCUGCAAACGCUGUCAUUGAAAUCCUAGAUCGUGCCGACUCUUCAGGCUGGUGGACAGGCCGCUACAACGGCCAAGAGGGUCUCUUUCCAGGAAAUUACGUAAGACUAAACAAAAACUGA